CCCAUAACUUAAUGAAGCACCGGAAAGCAAACUACGUGCCCUUCAAAGAUAGAACAUGAAAAAAAUAGAAUAACACAGCAUUCGUACGACUCAUCACAAUAUGGUAACAAUACUACACAGAUAUCUCCCGACACCACUACACAUGGCGCCACUCUGUUCAGCCCAUCACACGCUGCAAACAUGGCAGCACUUUCAGACUUCACAUACGACCCCAAGACCUUCUGCGUCACACCCGCCAUGAAGGAAGCGUUCCGAACCAACGGCUACGUCCUCCUCCGACAGGUGUUGAGCCCCGCGGAGAUGAGCAAGGUGCGGCAGGUGCUGGAGUCGGAGGAGGUGCAGCGCCACGUCUACACCACCGCGGAUGACGAGCGGAAGGAGACGCGGAUGGUGCUUUGGUUCAGGGUGGGCGAGGACGUGCCGGGGUGCGUGGCCAGCAUGAACAAGAUAGCCGGGACGCUGGAGGAGCUGAUGGGCGGCGAGGAAGUGUAUCAUUUUAGCACCAAGAUUCUCAUGAAGGAACCCAACCAGAGCAGCUCCUUCCUAUGGCAUCAGGACUACGGGUACUUCUACAACUGGGGCUACAUGUUCCCUGACGCGGCCUCCGUUUUCAUCGCCGUUGACGACUGUACAAAGGAAAACGGGUGUCUGGAGGUGCUUCGAGGCUCUCACAGAAUGGGCCGAAUCGAACACGCACCAGCAGGGAAGCAGCUACAAGCAGACUUGGAGAGGGUGGAGGAGGCCAAGAAGCGGCAUGAGCACCUGUACGUGGAGAUGAAGGCAGGCGACGCGCUCUUCUUCCCCGCCACGCUGCUGCACCGCUCCCUGCCCAACGCCAGCCUGCACCGCCGCUGGUCCUACGUCAUCGCCUACAACCAGCGACACAACAGGACCUUCAUGGGCCCCGAGCACCCCCGCUAUACGCCCCACGCCGGCUACGUCCCCCUCAAAAAGGUGAGCGACUCGGCUCUGCUGGAGUGCACCAAGUUCAGCAUGGAGGGCCAGUGGUUCCUGAAGGAGGACGAGGACAAGGCGCGGGAAUAAAGAAGUAAAAACGUAAAUAAACCAACUAAUAAACAAAUAAAAUGGGUUUGAUAAAUAAAAUACACAGAAUAAUGAAUAGAAUACUAUUUAAUCGAUGACUUUAUAAAUAAUUGAAACUGAUGAAUGAAUGAGGAGAUAUAUGUUAAAAAGAUCAGUAAACAGAUACAUCAUAAAUAUAUAUAAAUAAAUUAAUAUGUAGCAAA